AUGGCCGGCUCGACGGACCUGCGCUGCUGUCCACGCUGCUCGGGCAGGAGAGAGAGCGGGGCCCACGGUUUCGGCGUGCGCUCCUACCUGCACCUCUUCUACGAGGACUGCGCCUUCGCGACCCCCCGGGACGUGGAGGAGGACCCGCGGAAUAAAGGGGACCCCGUCUCCUCCUGGUCCUGGUACCCUCUUCUCUGGAAGGCCAGCCUCACGGCGGGACUCCUCCUGGUGGUGACGGGGGGCGUGGCGCUGAGCGCGGGGCUCCUGCUGCCCCCCCGGAUCGAGGGUUUCGGGGAGGGGGAGCUGCUGAUGGUGGACGUGCGCGCGGCGGGCCACAACGGGAUGCUGCGGGCGUGCCGCCUGGCGGGGGCGCUGCUGCUGGCCGCGGGCGGCGCCGCCCUGCUGGCGUGCGCGCUGGCCUCGCCCGUCUGCCGGACCGGCGAGCGGAGCAGGCGGGACGGGGCCGAGCGCUCGCCGGGGGCCUGGACGCCCGCCGCCGUGUCGCCCAUCCGGCUGCCACUGCCCGUCAGCCUGGCGCACGCGGUCGGCGUGCAGCCCAGACCGGCGCUCUGAGCACGGGCAGCGCCGCGCGAGCCCCCCCUCUCCGUCCGGUCGAACCCGCGGUCCCAAGCUCCUCAGCGCGCAGCGGCCGCUUCACACGUAAUUAUUUUCCCUUCGCGUCUCCUCCAGUCUGCAGGACAGUUGUGCGCCCCAAACGCCCGAUGUCACGCAUCGCCAGCGCCAGCGUCGUGGGCAAGCAGGAUGUGCAAAGCCAGCUCCCGGCAGGGUGUAUUGGCACCCCGCUCGGCUGCGAUCUCGGAGUUGCUUUAUUUUUUAAUAAAAAACGGUUACCGAUUGCAAAGA